GUUGACCAGACGUUGAACCGGCCGAGUGCCGGUCAACGCCUCAGCCUGGCCAUUGACCAGUCGGCGCCCUUUUAACCAAGGAAAGUCUCAUAUUAAACCCAAAAGUAACUCGCAUCUUCAGAUUACUUCUGUAAAGUUCCAUCAAAAUGGCCCGCACCAAGCAGACCGCUCGCAAGUCCACCGGUGGCAAGGCGCCCCGCAAGCAGCUGGCCACUAAGGCCGCUCGUAAGACCCCCGCCACGGGCGGCGUGAAGAAGCCUCAUCGCUACCGCCCCGGUACCGUGGCGCUGCGUGAGAUCCGCAAGUACCAGAAGUCGACUGAGCUGCUCAUCCGCAAGCUGCCGUUCCAGCGCCUGGUCCGUGAGAUUGCCCAGGACUUCAAGACCGACCUGCGCUUCCAGAGCCAGGCCGUGCUGGCGCUGCAGGAGGCCGCUGAGGCCUACCUGGUGGGCCUGUUCGAGGACACCAACCUGUGCGCCAUCCACGCCAAGCGUGUGACCAUCAUGCCCAAGGACAUCCAGCUGGCCCGCCGCAUCCGUGGCGAGCGUGCCUAAGCGUCCUGGCCUCUGCGCUGCCCGCUGGCGUCUCACCGUUGUUUCGGGCGUGACGGUAGCGGGAGGCGCAACCAAAAAACUCGGUGUUUCUCAACACCACCUUAUCCUUCGUGGUCUGGGCGGGCGAGAUGGGGAACACUAGCCACUCAAGUUUUGGGAACCACGGGGAACCCCUGGCUGCGUGUCUGACGAACUGGGAGGGUGACGUGCUGCUGGUAGGCAGAUGUACCUGGCCGUGAAGCAUGCGUUGAUCCUCUUUCCAUGCUCACACGUGCAUCCUGUUUUGGGAGCCGGGCCAUUCUGUAUUGACCUGAUCGGCGCUGAUGUGAUCAUGCUCUAUGCAACAUCAGGGUGCCGUGCCUGGGGCUGCAUCCAUGCCAUGCACCAUGUGUCAGGCGGUUGGAUGUUUGUUGGGCCUCCUGGAGUCCUGGGUUUGUCAGGGCGCGGGAGUCUACGGGGAUCCGCCAAGAAGUAUGUACCAUAAUGUACUGGCGUGCACUGUGAACGACAACAGUAGUGCAGGUCACGGGGAUGCCCAUCACCGAAGUCGUC